AGUAAUGCACCAUAACGUUGUUUGCCAACCGCUAUAAAACUCCCAGAAGAAGACUCCAUCGGACCUAGUGUCACUGCAAGAAACACAACAUACUGCAGCGUAGUAGUUUGCUGUUAUUUGCAGUGGAAAUGGACCUCCCGUGUCCGGAGUGGAUAAAAUAUGCGGAGCAGAAAUGGACCCGGCUAGAAUCCGCGACAAGAGAGCGCUUUUCUGUCUUCACUGAUAUAGACGAUCUUUUCCACCUUGGACAGUCACAACUGCAGCCAGAGGAUCUUGAAGCUUUGUCCAAGAUAUCUGAGAAGUAUUCUGUGAAGAAAUCUUCUGAAUGUGCAGCCAGAUUUAGGGAACAAGGGAAUCUGAGCUUUAAAGAGAAGGACUACAGUUCUGCUGCCCUAUAUUACACUUUGGGAGUGUGUCAUGCUGAAAAGAAUACAGAACAGCUGUCUUUAUGCUAUGCCAAUCGUUCAGCGGCUUUGUUUCAUCUUGGGCUCUACACUAAAUGCUUGGAGGACAUCCAGCAAGCCUUUGAUGAAGGUUACCCAAGUCACCUGCAAUACAAAUUGAUGGACAGAUGGACACAGUGUACAAAUCUGGUUAAAAUGCAGGAAGAUUUGAAAGCAUCUCCUACUAAGCAUCAGACACCACAAACUAAUGAGGAUACAGAUAGUAGUACCAAUGUGUUGGCUGCUGUGUCUGCCCACUUUCAUCCUGAAAAGGGACGAUACCUGUUGGCCACUGAGGACAAGUCAGCAGGGGAAAUAGUGCUUGAAGAUGAGGCCUUCAGCUUUGUUCUUAUACCUGUGAAUAGACCGUACAAAAAGAGUGGUGAAGCCAGUAUAUUCACAACAGAGUCCAGACACUGCCAUCACUGUUUGUGUGAAAAUUUUAACUCUGUACCAUGUCGGGGCUGUAGCUAUGCCCAAUAUUGUGGACAGAGGUGUGAAAGGGAGGCAUGGAAGCAAUACCACUGCUGGGAGUGUUCAGUUGGUUCAGAGUUACUGACUCUUGGGCUGCUUGCACAUUUGGCCCUGCGAGUGACCCUAAAAGCUGGGAUAAAGGAGGUCCAGCAGGCAAGAGAGAGUUGUUUUAAAUUUGUUUGUGAAGUGCCAAAAGCAACCUUUAUCAGCAGUGAUGGGAAGACUGGCAAUGGCAAACCUUGCUCCAGUGGGGGAACAUCUGACAGUCUGGGCUUGGUGUCAGAACCAAAUGUAGAAGGAACACUCAUGUCUAACGAGUGCUUUCAAGGUUCUAAUCAUUCAAGUUGUUACCAUGGAAAGUCAUACCUGGGCAUCUAUAGUCUAUUACCACAUGUGGGGAAACAUAGCCCUAACUUGCGCUUCCUGUUAGCUUUCACCAUGGCAGCACUCACUCACAGACUUUCACUAGAUGUGCCACCAUGCCAUAAUCAUGAAGAGUGUGUGUGCUGGGGAUCUGAGCAGAGCCUGCUAGGAGCUACAGCUCUGAGGCACAUGCUGCAACUCCAAUGUAAUGCGCAGGCUGUGACUGCAAUCAAAGUCAAAGAGGAUACAAGCUUACCAGUGCAGUCCAGUAAAGAAUUCCGGAUUGCCACUGCAGUGUUCCCUGUCCUCAGUCUGCUUAACCACUCCUGUCAGCCUAAUACGAGCAUCUUCUUCAGUCUGGGCCUCAGUUCUUUUGGCUCUAGUACUCCAGUCGAUUUUGCUUCAGGUGUUACAGUAACAGUCCGAGCCUGCAGAGAUAUUGCUGCAGGGCAGGAGCUGUUGCACUGUUACGGUCCUCACUGUCACAGAAUGGAUGUUGAGAAGCGCCAGUACCUGUUGCUGAGGCAGUACUACUUCUACUGUCAAUGUGAGGCUUGCACACUGGAGCUAGCUGAUAGAAGCAGGACAUUACCCUUAACCUUGAAUGGUCUUAAGUGUGAAAAAUGUGGAAGCUUCCUGAAGAGGAAUGUGGAUGUGCAUGUUUGUUCAAAGUUGUCCUGUAAUCACCACAUCUUAAAUACUGAGCUGCAGAGAAGAAUGCAAAUACUACAUCACCACUUGGAGCAAGCUUUAGAACUCAUGGAGAACAAUCAAUUGAAUGGUGCCCUAAGUAUCUUGCAGAAAACAGCCAAGCUGGCAGAUAGUAUCUUGAUGAAGAUUCAUCCUCUGCAGGGUGAACUAGCUGAUGCAAUGGCACGAGCAUAUGCUACCAUGGGGCUUUGGAGGCAGGCUGCAUCACAUUUAAAAAGUAGUAUUGCUGCCGUUUGUUCACAGUAUGGGAAGGACAGCCUGGAACUCGGGAGACAGCAGUUUAAACUUGCCCAGCUACAUUUCAAUGGGUGAGCUGGAGCCAAUACCAGCUGACAUUGGGCGAGAGGUGGGGUACACCCUGGACAGGUCACCAGUCUAUCACAGGACUAACACAGACAGUCAUUCAUUCAUACUCUCAUUCACACAUAUGGGUAGUUUUGAGUCUUUGGACUGUGUUUGAGAACUAGGACAGCUGGAGGACCCACGCAGGCAUGAGGAGAACAUGCAAAAACACACAGGCCCCAGUCAACCAGCAGGUUCAAAUCCAGAGUCUGCUUGCUGUGAGGCAACAGUCACUACGUUUACAUGCACAUAGAGAGAAUCGAAUUUCUGCCGUUGCUCGACUGAAAUCGAAGUUCAAAAUGCCAUGUAUACACCUUAAUUCGGCUGAAAUUGAACCGAACUUGAUUUCUCGGAAUCGAGCUACACGACCUAGUUUAUGCGAUUUCUGCCGAGCUACUUUGUGCAUGUAUACCCUAUCGAGCUAGUUGUCGAGCUACUUCCGGAAGUGACGAGUGACGAGACCACAAGCGGGAAACACAACAGCCUCGGUCGGCAUGACAACGAAUCAUGACAACGGCAUGAUUUUAAGUGCAUUUUACCGGAUUUGAACAUGUUUUGGGCUGGAAAACGUCAGCAGUAUCUGGCAACACUAUAGCUCUUCUUCAUGACAACAACCGGAAGUGUACCAACACGAUGGGGCGUGUAGCGCCACGUGUGGCUCGGGUGCACAAUGCACCUUGCACAAUAGCCCGAUUUCACUUGUGCAUGUAGGAUUGGAUUUCUCUGGCACCCCUGCUGGGACCCUUUGCUCGAUUACCAACAGCAGCUCGAUUUGGACGUGCAUGUAAACGUAGUCAGUGUUAACCACUGCAAACCAUAGGUGCUAAAGAAGGCAACUGGACUUGCUUGAAGUUCUUGACGAUGUUUCACACCUCAUCCGAAAGGCUUCUUCAGUUCUGUCUGACGAUUGGAGAGUUCUAGAUAUUUAUCCUCUAGUGGACCAAAAGCAAACCUAAGGGGAGUCGUUGAGGUCACAUGGGUCAUUGACACUUCGUCAUCCUGUAGGCGUUAGGGUCACUGGAGGCCGGGUGUGAAUGGUGUUAGCAGCCUAGAGGGUCGUUAGGGUGAUCUGUGGGUCGUUGGUUCCCUGCCAUCAUGUGAGUCAUUCAUUGAGGUCAGCUGAGUCUUGAUGUGGAUGUAUAUUCAGGCCCUGUCCACACGGCAACGGAUUCAGGUGAAUCCGAUAAAAUUGUUUAUCGUUUCGGCCUGGCGUCCACACGGUACCGGUGUUUUGGGUGCCCCAAAACGAAAUCUUUUGAGAACGGGUUCCAGAGUGGAAAAAUCUGGCAACGGCGCUGUUGCGAAGUCGUCUGGAUGAGUAGAACGGAUUUGUUUACGAUGACGUCACAACCACGUGACCGUCAGUGCUUCACGCCGGGUAGAAGUGUAACAAACUUGAUGCGAGUUGUCAACAAAUCCUACAACUUGGUUCAUGAAACGUGCUUACAAAAUAUUUUCACUGCUUUCCAAAAACAAUCCCGCCAGCAAAAAUAGGGAAAAAAAAAAGGAGCAAUCUCACCUCUUCAGAUGUUGGUUUAAGUCCGACAAUACAUUCCUCAAAAAGGGCGUAGAAGAACAAAGUAAUCCAUCAACGUGUAGCAUUCAAUUUAUUCUGGACUAUUAAAGAAUUCUGGAGGAUAUCAGAAUGUUGGCAUACCGGCUCCCAUCUACCCCCGUUCAUUCCUCUUUCCGCGUCUUUCAUUUUAUGCUACUGAUUAAUAAAACUUUGUGGCUGAUGCUACAGAAGAAGAGGUUUAUGCGCAUGUGUCUACUUCUAUUGUUCUGGUGUCUCCGAUGGGACCGUCUUACAGCGCACGUAGAGGUGUGGCAUGUGUAUUGCAUCGUUUUCAGCAAGCGUUGCAUUGCCAUAUGUACCUGAUGAUGAUAUUUUACUGAUCCAUUGCCCAUGUGGACGCGAUAUUUAAAAAAAAAAAAUCUCGUUGCUGUUGUGUGGAUGUAGCCUCAGUCUUCUGGGAAGUGUGCCAAGGACUGCGUUGAGUGGUGUCUCAGACCACCUUCUCUGUUCAGUGGCAGUCGUUCCAGGUUGACGAAGAUGGCUUCAAAUCACCUUAACGACCCUUGGUGCAAAGCCCUAUUGUAUUCGGCAUAUUUUAGGGCCCGAGCACCAUAGGUGCAAAGCCCUAUGGUUUUCGGCAUGCUGCUUCAUUAUUAUUAUUAUGGCCAGAGCACCGAGGUGCAGGCCAUAGGUCCAAAGCCCUAUUUGUUUCUAUAAUAAUAAUAAUAAAUAAAUAUUUAUUUUUCUUCAACACUUUACCAUUUUGGAGGUGGUUCCCAUGGUCGAAAACUUAUGAAAUUUGGUCCACACGUCAGUCAUGUGCACUGCUACUCGGUGAGAGGGGCUUGACUCCUGGUGUCUCUGGGGGACUCCAUAGCGCCCCCAUGUGUCAUUGAGACACCUCCCCGGUAUAGAGUUUCACCAAUUGGUGUCAAAUUUGGUAGGUCUGUGGAGUGCCCAAAGAUGAACAAAAUUGCAAUAUACAUUGCAUCAGCUGUACUUAACAGGAAGUGAGAUUUUUGGUUUUGUGCAUUUUGACGGGUUUCAUUUUGACAUACAACCCC